AUGAGGAGAGAAAGAGGAGCCCUGUUCAGAGCCUCCAGGGUCCUGCAUCUCGCUCCUUUUGUCUACCUGCUUCUGAUUCAGCCAGACCCCCUGGAGGGGGUGAACAUCACCAGCCCAGUGCGUCUGAUCCACGGCAUGGUGGGGAAGUCAGCCCUGCUUUCUGUGCAGUACAGCAGCACCAGCAGUGACAAGCCAGUGGUGAAAUGGCAGUUGAAGCGGGACAAGCCAGUGACCGUGGUACAGUCCAUUGGUACAGAGGUCAUUGGCACCCUGCGUCCUGACUAUCGAGACCGUAUUCGGCUCUUUGAAAAUGGUUCCCUGCUUCUCAGUGACCUGCAGCUGGCCGAUGAGGGCACCUAUGAGGUGGAAAUCUCCAUCACCGAUGACACCUUCACCGGGGAGAAGACCAUCAACCUCACUGUAGAUGGUGAGGAAAGUGAGACAGAGAGGAAGAAGAGGAAGCUGGAGAAGCAAAACUCUCUGGAGUACAUGGAUCAGAAUGAUGACCGCCUGAAAUCAGAAGCAGACACUCUCCCACGAAGUGGCGAACAGGAGCGGAAGAACCCCAUGGCACUCUACAUCCUGAAGGACAAGGACUCCCCGGAGCCCGAAGAGAACCCUGUUCCAGAGCCUCGGAGCACGACAGAGCCCGGACCGCCCGGCUACUCCGUGUCGCCGCCCGUGCCGGGCCGCUCGCCGGGGCUGCCCAUCCGCUCAGCCCGCCGCUACCCGCGCUCCCCGGCGCGCUCCCCCGCCACCGGCCGGACGCACACGUCGCCGCCGCGGGCUCCCAGCUCGCCGGGCCGCUCGCGCAGCGCCUCGCGCACACUGCGGACUGCGGGCGUGCACAUAAUCCGCGAGCAAGACGAGGCUGGCCCGGUGGAGAUCAGCGCCUGA